AUGAGGUCCACCCGAAUCUCGCCUGGUUUCUUCUCAAUUGCAAAGUUGAGCAAGUGGCACCACUGGGCUGGGACAGAAACUGACAAAUUGAUCAAGGGGGAAUGUCAAGGCAUGUUGAGUUGUCAUGAGAUUUUUGAACUGCUCAAUGAUCCCAACAUCUGGAUUGCAGACACUGGAGCAUCGGUAGACACAACGCCAUAUCUUGACAAGCUUGAAAGUGUAGUGAAAUUUGAAGACGGAAGGGGUGCCAAGAACGCUGAUGGAGGGACUGCAGGCAUAAAGGAAGAAGGUGACGCGCCAGGGUUGCUGUGUGACAAAUUUGGCGUUCCUCAGAUGGAAGUUUGA